CAAAAUUUAUUUUAUACCUGCAGUUGAUGAGGUCUUCUUUGCAGUAGCGCUGGAGCUGUCGUUUCCUUUCUACUCCAAUAAUGGCAAAGCUGAAAACUAAGCUAGCCGUCUUAGCUGUAAUAGGUGUUGUUUUAGCAGUGUUUUAUCCGAAGAUCAAAGCGGUAUACGGGAAACAUGUAAAACCUCAUGCAGACAUAGCCGCGAAUGUUGUAAAAUUCAUCAAAGAUUUCCACAUUUUUGGCUAUCAUAUCCCAUGGAAAUAUGUGCUGCCUGGAUUUGCUAUAUUUUUCGCCGUUCAACUAUUUAGGAGGAGACGUAGACUAAAGAAACUUGCAGAGGAACAGAAGAAAAAAGACCAAACCUUUAUGACUGAGGAGGAAGCACGUCAAGUGCAUACCACAAACCAUGUCCCAAAACCUGAAAGCCUUGACAUCAAACCGGCCUGCAAACCAGCAGACCUGUCAAUUGUUGGAAACCGUGUACGGACAUACUUGUAUUGGCCUUCAACAAGUUCAGUUAAUGUUUUUGAACUAGCAAGAGCUGGCUUUGUGUUUACUGGGAUAGACGAUAUUGUAAAAUGCUUUAAGUGUCAGGGUACCCUUAAAAAAUGGAAGCCAGGUGAUGAUCCCUUGGAGGGUCACAAAGAGUUCUACCCUGAUUGCCCACAUGUUGUGGCUCUUGAGGAAGUAAAAAAGCCAAUUAAUACUGAAACCCAACUGGAAGACCUGCUAACUGUGUGUAAUGGAGUAAGCCAUCGUCUGCAGCAAUUGCGUGCGAUUCAGAGUAAGGCAAGUGGAGUAGAGCCAGCAAAGAAACAUCUGACAGAGUUGCAGAAGAGGUUGGACACUACAGAACGCACCAUGCACCUUGUUAUGAAACAAAUGGAAGCUGUGACUAAGUGUCUGGCAAAGACACUGGCUGACGAUCCAGCUAUGAGUGGCGAUAAAUCCUUAACAGAAAUCACUGAGGGACUUGUCAACUUAAAAGAAAGCAAUGUUUGAUGGGAUUCAUUCUGUAUUCAAGCACUACAGAGCACUUGCACUUCUUAAAGUUCCCUUCACUGGUGAAAUGGCCUUUUUAGGAAAUGACUGUAGGCAUGUACUGUGAUUACCUCACAUGGCAGAGCUCUUUCAUUGUUAUUAGGUGCAACCAUGGAAUUUGAACAAUCAUUGUGCAAAAUGAAUUUUCCUAAGAACUUAGGAAUAAUAGCAAGUAGAGAUGUCCAUAAGAACUUGCUAAUUGUAAUAAAAAUCAACCAAAAAAUAUUUUGAAGAGUUUCAGGAUGGCCUCUAUUGAUGAUUAAAAUUAAUUUUGAAUGAAAAGGAACCUUUUUCUGCACGGAGUACAUGUUUCAAGCAUUUUUUGAGUUACAUAAACCCUUAUUAAUAGGAAAAUAAACACAAAAGAACUUAUGUAAUUUCAAAUAAUUGAUUAUUAUUAACUUGUUGAACAUGAAAUGAGGAUACUGGCUGUCCAAAUUUGUGCAAAUUUAAAAAGAUUUAAAUGACAUCAAAUGGGUAUUGUUAGGUUUUUGUUAGUUUUAAUGCAUCACAGAGUUAUCUUACUAUUUAUUUUGAGUUAUCUUAUUUAUGCACAGCAGUAGCUAAGUUAUUUAUUAUCUAGUAUGAGUAUAGAUUAAGCAGCUUAUUGAAAAUAGACAUCUUAUGAGAAUCAAACAUUAUAUAGAUAUUAUUAUCAAUAUUAAAUAUAAGGGAGAUAACUAGAAUUUUACCCUUAAUAAGUUUUGCAAAAUUUUUAACCAUUUGCCUCUUAGAUUUUGUCAUAAACCGUAGGUUCAGGUUUUUUAUUCAAAUGAUAUCUAAUUAUAUGGCCAUGGUUUUCUCAAAAAAAGUGAUUUAUAAAGAUUAUUUAAUCUGCUCUCAUUGAUUGCUGGUAGUUAAAGAUUUCAAUUUUUGAUCCAGAUUUUAAAUUCUAAAUUGAUGUACAGCUGUUUCAGUUCUGUUACAUUUUCAUAUUUAUCUUAAAAAUUGCUGGUUUUGGGCACAGACAUUUUUAUGAAAAUAAAAUAUGUUUAAAAUAUA